AUGUCCACGCCUACUCCCCCUCCUAACCCCACACCCGCACGUCCCCCGAGCCCAACUUCACCAGUGCAGCCACUGGGGAACACCCACAGCCACCACGAGCACCACCGUUCCUUGUCUACCCCCCAGCACCGACCUUCCGACGCGCCACCGACGAAGCACCAAUCCACGUCGGGGUUGAAGCGCCAUCGACCACAGACAUCCGCCAAGGGUGCGGCGGGCGCAGUUCACCACUCUCCGAACACGCAGAGGCGUCGUCCGCCACCAUCUACCGUUGUCCCGCGUGCCGCGGGCUCGACGUCGAUACACCGCGCACACAGCUCGCAGCGCUCCGGCGCGUCGACGUCGACGCCUGCCGCGGUACAGCCACAUUCUUCGUCGCACCACAGCGCUGGGGCUGGUAGCGUGCAGCAGGCCAAGACGCAGCCGCACGGUGUGCUGUUCGAUGUACUCGAGACGCUGGUGACGUCAAUCCUGCCCGCUGUGACCGGGAAGGAUCCACUUCAGCAGGCGACGUCGCCGCCUGCCGCCGUACCCAAUGCUCCUUCUGGAUCUACACCCAACUCUGCUCGCGCGAAACCUCCAAGGUCCGUGUCCGCAUCGGCGUCGUCGAGCAAGAAUCCGCAUCCGAAUCGCGCAAAACCUCCAAAGUCCGUGUCUGCAUCGGCGUCAUCGAGCAAGACUCCGCAUCCGAAUAAGCCACGCAACGCUCUUCCUGCGCACUCGCCUCUGCACUAUUCUAACUGUACGGGGACCAAGAAGGCGCUGUUGAUUGGGAUCAAUUAUGUCGGCCAGAAGCGGGACUUGAAGGGGUGCGUUAACGAUGCGACGAGGAUUAGGGAGUUUUUGAUCAAGCACUGGGGCUAUAAAUCCAACGACAUUGUUCUGCUCACAGAUGAGAUGACGCACCCGCGACGGAUACCAACCAAGAAGAACAUGCUGGACGGCAUGAAGUGGCUCGUCAAAGGCGCGCAGCCACACGACUCACUAUUCUUUCAUUACUCAGGCCAUGGAGGCCAGGUCCCAAAUAAGGACGGCGACGAGAUCGAUGGGCUGGACGAUGUGAUCUACCCGGUAGAUUUUCAGAAGGCGGGGAUUAUUCUUGAUGGCGAUGAGCAGGAGAUGCAUAAGAUUAUGGUCAAAUCGCUCCCGUCGCAGUGUCGGUUGACUGCUAUAUACGACUCAUGCCACUCGGGCACUGUUCUCGACCUUCCUUAUAUUUAUCAUCACAACGGGCGCCUCAAGAAAUCUCAAAUCACGCCUGAGUGGCGCGAGUAUAAGAGCUCGCCAGCCGAUGUCAUCUUGUUUACCGGGUGUCGCGACGACCAGACGAGUGCAGACACGACCCAGGGCGGGGAUGCCGUCGGGGCUAUGAGCUGGGCGUUCAGGGAGUCCCUGUCCGAGAACAAGGACCAGAGCUAUCAGGACCUUCUCAAUUCCGUCCGAGCCUUGCUGAAGGAUAAGCACAAGCAGACGCCGCAGCUGUCAAGCUCGCACCGUAUUCAUACCACGCUUCGUUUUAUCAUGUGAAUCGCCUAUACCCUUUCUCGCUAUCGGUAUCACAACGUAACGACCCACGAACUAUAUAUAUCAUCAACGUAUACCCAUUGAAGCGUAACAACCUCUAUCUAUUCUUACUGUAUGCUUCUCCUCGCUCUAGCUUGGGCGACGCGGGCUGGGUUUAAUCUACUUGUACGCAUUCGAUCUAGUGGACUGU